CGGAUUAUUACCAUACGGUAUGAGUGAAAAUCCGUUUUUUAUUUGAUAACUUACCAUUAUCCAUGGAGUUCCAGGAGUGCUUCUCGCUGCUGGCUUCCCGCCCUGCACACGCCCACGAACACUGUGAGGAGGAGAAGCAUGCAGAGGACAAGCCGCAGGACGUGAAUGCUGUCGAACACGAAGAAACUGUCGUUUCUGAGGAGCUCGAGGACCUAACGCUGCUGAGCACCCGAGAGCUGGUGCGGACGUUCCACGGGCUGCAGGAGACGCGCGUCCAGAUCUACGCCGACUUUAGACAGGGUUUCCAAGUGCACCAGAAGACGGAGCAGUUCCCCGCAUUCUGUUCUGGCAUUACAGAGCGGUUUUCGGCUGUGAGUGAACGGAUUAACCAAGUGGAGAAGCAUCUACGAGACAAGAAGCAGCAAGUAAUCGCGGAUUUUAUCCGCAAGAUUCAGCUAGAGGAGAAGGAGAAGCUUCUUCUGGUAGGAUGCAUGGCGACUAUUAUGAUGCUGUUUUGUUAUUGAUGUUGAUUUUGUAUGUAUGUUAUCUAGACGUCUGCCGUGUUGAUCGAGAAGAUGAGACUUACCGAUGCAUUGAAGCAGCCAGACCCCGAUGAGUCUACCGUUGCCUUCUUGGAGAGAUCUGUAGAGACGCUCAAUGGUAAACAUACCGAGUGUGUAGUCCGCAUCAACGAGGUUUUGGAAGAUCUACGCGCUGAAAGUGCCGAUCUCGUCGACUAACUCAACAGAGAUCUCUCGACAUCUUUGGUAGCGACAAGAUUGUGUUCUUGCGAGAUUUUUUAAUAGUGCAGAGUCGACCUCGCAGCUCCGCUUCGUGUUGCUGCAACGUUCGCAGUCCCUCUUGAUCGUCCACGUAUUCAGGUGGAGGAUCACGGAUCAGACAGCGCUCCUCGCUCUCAUAAGCUGCAAAAGCCGCUGGAUCUUGUCGACGCAUGAACUCCAACCGUGUCUUUUUAGCAUCCAAAUGGAGCUGCAUAGUGGAGUUCUGCCGCCGGUUGGCACGAUGGAACUGUUCUGCUUGAGCUUCCUGGUGUUUCUGGCGCAGAAUUUGCAUGAAAAAUUCGUCUUCACGCUCAGUAUUUUGCUGGCGAGUGCGUGCGAACACUUCCUGCUGUGCCAGUUUUGUGCACACUGAGAUAUCGUACGCGUUCUCCAUGUUUUUGCGGAUAUACAGCGCAUCUGCAUAAAUUGGACGCACACGUUCAGCAUGAAGUGUACGCUCCACGUUUUGCCACAUCUCUCCAAGCUUGAAUGUCGGAUACUCUUUGGCGAUCUCCAGCAUCACCUGGUCUUGAGGAGAUAAGCUCUCAGUCUCACAAUCGAAAGAAACAUUGGCCAGGACGGAGUAGAUCUUGGCCUUCAGGUUCACUUCAGGGUGAAUUUGAUGGCUUUCCAAGUCCAAAACGGAGCGAGAUGUUCGCUUGUCCUGUGAGAGCCCCUGCGCUGCUUUGAGUGCGUCUUUCAGUCGUGCAAAAGCUGGAGAUUCCGGUCGACUUGGUGGCGUUAUAUCUUCAUUUGAAGUGCUGCUUUCUGACGCGAUGAUGAACGAACUUCUGCAGUGUGUGAUCGACUGGAAGGCGCAGUGACGGACAUUAAUGCUUGAUUGUGAAGCUGCUUUGUCGUUGUCGACUACGUCCAGGUUUGCGCGUUUCUCGGCGGCUUCUUCGUCUGCGUAGAGGUGAAGCAGCAUCUCAUUCGCGCUUGUAUUGUAGUUAUUGCCAUGCUGCUCGCAGCGCCACGUUUGGUACGACGGAAUAGCUGCUGGGUUCACUGAAAGCUCAGCAAGUGCAGCCAACGCCUGAUGCUUCAAUGCUUUGGGUGCUGCUGCUAUGAUCGAUAGUAACUUGGGCACUCCGUCGUGGUUUAUGAACGCUAAUUCACUCUCGAUAUCUCCGACCACACAAGAACGCACUGCGUCUAAUAUUCCAACUAAAAUGUUCUCCUCAAGAACGGAAUGUGACGGAUGGAACUCGAGAUACUGAACGAGUUCGUACACGCCGUUGGAACGACGGAAGCGCUCGCGAUUCGCUCCAUCGUUACGACACAGACUAGCACACGUAAGAAUUGCAUUCCGACGAAUUACGAACGUAUGGCGCGAAGGAGGAGUCUCGAAAAUCUCCACAGCGGUCUCGAUAGCUCCAAGAUUUCCCAGUUCAACUUGGAAAAACGGAACGGGAGGAGAUACUUGCAGUAGUAACAUCCAUGCAGACGCCAAUACAUCCUCAGUGCCCAUAUUGAGCUGAAGAAAAUCGAGAAGCUUCGCAUGUCCACCAAUCUCGAAGAAGUGCUCGACUACGAACGGAGCCACGUGAUUAAGCACACUGAGCGCCGUCCAUUGUAACAACUGACGCUGUGGGGCUGAGUAUUUCAGUGCAGAGGAUCUGUAAAGCGCUCCAGAAUCUAGCUGUUGAUUGCUAUUGCUAGUCGCAUAUGACAACCAGAUUUCGAGGAAUCUGAAUUGAACUAGCUCGCUUAGAUUCGCUUGGUGAUCGCAGGAGAUCUCGGCUAAUAGAAACCAGA